AUGUCCUCUCUCGGCUGCACGCUGGCGCUACAGGACAUAAACGCCGCCGGCUUGACCCAAACCAACGAACUCUGCGGUGGCAAUCACCAUCAAGAAAUCUUCGAUGUCGCCGAAACAACAGACUGCAACAACUUCAUCUCCAAUAUCAUCUCCAAGCUCGGCCGGCUCGAUCACAUCUUCAACUGCGCUGGGGUGAAUCCGACAGCUUAUGCGUUGGAAGACACUACUGACGAGUACUGGGACAAGCUCAUGAACACGAACUUGAAGGGGACGUAUACCAUCACUCGUGCAGCGAUUCCGGUUCUUAAGGAAGGCAGCAGUAUUGUGAAUGUUAGCAGUAUAAUGGGCGUCAGCGUCGCUGCAAAUUAUGCCAUUUACUGUGCUACAAAAUGGGGUAUCGUUGGCUUUACGAAAGCUCUGGCAUUGGAGUUGGGUCCGAAAGGAAUUAGGGUCAAUGCUGUUGCGCCGGGAUACAUCGAUACACCAACGAAUGCUGGCGUGGUUGCUGGGCCUGAAGCUAUUGCCGCGCAGACAAGCAAAGUUGCUCUAGGAAGGAACGGUAUGCCGGAAGAAGUUGCAGACGUGGUGGCGUUCCUCUUUGGCAAUGAAUCGAGGUAUAUCAGCGGAAGCGUGGUCGAGAUCACUGGGGGCAGAGCGUAG